CAGGGAAAAUGUAGAGGAGUAACAACUUUCCUUGAGAAAAAGACGGUCACUGCGUUGAUGAUUGUCCAGGCAAGGUAUGCCCACUGAACCGCAGGCUAAUGUAAGUCUUGCUGAGUGACUGCAUAUGAACGAGGGCAAUCUCCUUCCCCCAUGUCAUUCGGAGGGGACUCGUCUGGCCGCUUUGAGCGAGUCCGAAAUGCACCUCACUGGACCGACAUUCCUCCAGGUCCUCUGCAGAGGAGCGAGGCCUUCCCUGUUUUAACACGUCAGUGGUCAUCUGAGCUGGCUCUGAGUGCUGACCCACUCCCUCCGCCCCCUCUACCAGACGAGCCUGCUGUCGGGCCCGAGUUUGAUCCCAGCGGGAGUGAAAACAGUGACGAAUCUGCUGUCGACAUCAAACCUGUUCACCGCUUCAUCCCUGACUCCUGGAAGAACUUCUUUCGCGGGAGUAACAGAAGCAGCAAGAGUUCGAUGCCUGUAUCUAACAACUGCAAUUCCACCACUGAGGGCGUGCGGUGCUCCCCUCCUCACUCGCCUUUGCCCCUCGACCACUACGGCAGCCCCGGCGGCAGCUACAACUCCCGCAAGGAGAGAGAAGCCAUGCUGUCGGGAGACCACUUUGACUUGGCUGACGGCCGCACCGUGCACACCACCGCCUUGACCUACUCGGAGAGAGUUGAGGAGUACCACCAGCGAUACGCCUACAUGAAGUCAUGGGCUGGGCUGCUGAGGAUUCUCGGCUGCGUCGAGCUCCUGUUGGGGGCGGCGGUGUUCGCCUGUGUCUGCGCAUACGUUCACAAAGACAACGAGUGGUAUAACAUGUUCGGAUACUCCCAGCCACAAAUGUAUGGCGGCUACGGCGGUGGUUAUGCGGGAGAUGUGUAUUACACGGGACCCAAGACGCCGUUCAUCCUCGUCGUGGCUGGCCUGGCAUGGGUAGUGACUGUUAUCGUGCUAGUACUGGGCAUGACCAUGUACUAUCGCGCUAUCCUUUUAGACUCGAACUGGUGGCCUCUAACUGAGUUUGCAAUCAAUCUGGCUCUGGCCAUCUUGUACCUGGCUGCUGCCAUCGUUUACAUACGGGACACAACGAGGGGCGGGCUUUGUUACUACCCCUUCUUCAACAACGGCGUCAACGCGGUUUUCUGCCGCACUGAGGCUGGCCAGACUGCAGCCAUCAUUUUCCUCUUUGUUACGAUGCUGGUGUACCUGAUAGGAGCCAUUGUGUGUCUUAAGCUGUGGAGGCACGAGGCCACUCGGCGUUACAGGGAGAAGUAUGGCCAGGAGAUGUACCCACCAGAAAUGCCUACAAAUCAUACUUUGGUGAUGUCUGGACCAAGGAUCUCUGAGCCACACCUCCACUCUGUGGACAGUCUGCCUCACAACACACACGCAGCAGCACCCACAGUCUCCAAUUCCAAACCGGUUAAAGGUCAUAUACCAUCUGGAUACAUCCCUAAACCUGUGAUCGUGCCAGACUACCUCUCUAAAUACCCGGCAAUUCGUACUGAUGAGGAACGGGACCAGUACAAAGCUGUGUUCAAUGACCAGUAUUCUGAGUAUAAGGAGCUCCACACAGAGCUACAGGUAGCACUGAGGAAGUUUCAGGAGAUGGACAGCCUUAUGCGCAGCCUGCCUAAAAAUCCUUCAAGUCAGAUGGAAUCUGACCGCAUACACCGGAUCCUUCAGGAAUAUCAACAGAAGAAAAAUGAUCCUUCAUUUCUGGAGAAGAAGCAGAGGUGUGAAUACUUGAAAAGCAAGCUUGCUCACAUCAAACUUCGGAUUCAGGAUUAUGACAAGGUUAUGGCGUGGAAUGAUGGCUACGGCUGAAGCAGCUCCAGAGCUGAGGACGGGGAAUUCUCUAAUGGUCCUUAAAGAUCUCAGUAUAUUUACUUUAUAUUUACAGCCACAAAGCUAUGAGAGGACCUGCAUUAAAAGACCAUUCAGAGAAGGAAACUGUGAACAUAUUUUACAAAAUUAAUUUAACAUUCUCCAAAAAGAUUGGAGUAAUAACUGAAAAAGAAUUUCAUCUUUUAUCCUGUUAUAUUCCAAGACUCGUGCUGUCUGAUGUUAUCAUGCUUGUUAAUUCAUCAUGUGCACAACUACUAUUGUUUGUUCACCUUUAAACAGGUUGGUUAAAGAACUGUGAUAUUCUAUUGCUUCAUUCCAGGAAUGUACUUUAAAGUUUUCUAUGACAACAAUACUGCACUUA